UUUAACAGUUUUCAAGGUGCAGUUCACGUUGGCAUGUGUGGUCAUCGCAAGUGCUAUCGAGGCUGCUUUAGGCGGUGCGACUAUCGAAGUUUGUGGUGCAAAACUCCAAAAAUUGGGCUGCUUCCGUGACAGACACGCUUCACGUAUUCUACCAGACAUGAUCAUGACAGACCGUGACAGGAGCAGCAUAGUUUUCAGUGGUACUCAAAUGAACUGGCCAAAGACCUUUCAACCCUACCUGAAAAGUAUCGCCUGCCGAUGCGCCAGAAAGGCCGAGGCAAAAGGCUACGAGAUCUUUGGUCUUCAGUACUACGGCGAGUGCUGGAGCGGCGUCGUGACGAAUGCUUUAAGAUACGAUAAGUACGGCUCAUCGGACAAAUGUCUGCCUGAAUACACCAAGAAUUGUGACGAUAACUCUACUGAGAUAUGCAUGGGACGUGCCUCCACUAAUUACAUCUAUAGGUUCGCGCCAGUUGACGGAGGCUGGACCACCUUCUCCGACUGGAGCGCAUGCGCAGUGUCGUGUGGCGGCGGCGUGAGUAGCCGCACUCGCACGUGCACGAGGCCCGCCCCUGCGCAUGGGGGCAAGAUGUGCGAAGGAGAAGGCAGACAAACUAAGGCUUGUAAUACAAUGCCAUGCCCUAAAGCGCCUUGCAGUGCGGAAGAUGUGGUGAAUGCCAUCAUGAAUGCAGUCCCUGCUGGUAGUGCUAAGGUGAACAACAGAGUUUUGACGGCUGCCAUCCAGAUCGCUAAAGCCAUUGAAAACAAGGUACCCAAAGACAUGCCAGUAACCAGAGAACAGCUCAAGGCGCGCAUCAAGAGAGUAGUGGCAACGAGCGGCGUAGAGUUCGGCCGUGAGAUGCUAGGAGUGAUGCUCCAGAGAGAGGAAAACUGCUCUAGAGACGUCAACGACAUCAUUAAGGAGAUUCAUGACAACAUGGGAGAUAAGGCAUUCAAAGAUUUCCUAGCUGUCAAUGGGAACGUGUCCCUUAUUUUCGUGGUCGAUACGACCGGGAGUAUGACUGCGGAGAUCACUGCUGCAAAGAAUACCAUCCAAGCCCUCACUGGCUAUAAGAGGUCUGAGGCUGUUGACUACAUCUUAUCCCCUUACAAUGACCCAGACAGUGGUCCAGUCACUACAUAUAACCAAUCGCACAUUAACGAGUUCAAGAAGGCUGUAAGUCAUCUUUACGCUUACGGCGGAUACGACUGCCCCGAACUGACCUUUAACGGAAUAAUCAACGCCAUCCGACAAGGCAAGCCGAAGCAGGGGUCACCAAUCUUCGUCUUUACUGACGCACCAGCGAAGCCAGACGGCGAAUACACACGUGAUGCUGUCAUUGCAACAGCAUUAGAAUAUAUGAUCCCGGUGAACUUUUUCUUCAACCCUGAAGGAUGCAGCACCCCAGACAAGGACCUCGAUUACCAGGCUAUUACUGCUGGUACCGGUGGAUCGAGUUGGAUGUUCAACAGUGCGUCCGAUAUCUCGUCCACUGCCGUGGGAUUCGUGGAGGCCGAUCUCGAUGGCUCUACGAUUAUAGCCACGGGGGAAGCCCCUGCUGGCACCCGUAAAAGGUCCCCUUUGGGCGUGGUCCCCCAUACAAAAGCGGCAGUCGUCGAAUUUUCCGUGGAUGAUAGCAUUGACAAACUGGUUAUUUCCAUCGAGGCUUCAAAGUUCUGGCACCAUAUCAAAGUCUUUGACCCGAGUUCUGUUUGGAUGCCGGCAACCUUAAACAUGAACAACGGCAUGGUUUGGUUCUACGAAGGAGAUGCUGUCAAGACAGGCCGAUGGCGAAUUCAAGUGCCUUCGCUUGUAGUGGGCUUUUCUUACCAGGCAAGUAAACAAUACAGCUCAGGCGUGAGCUACGGGCGCGCAUGGGGAGAGGGCACUCCCUCGACCGCCUUUUAG